GCGGCGGGGGCGGAGCUGCGCUCUGCGCGCCGGCGAUGGCGCCGGGCGGCGCUCGGAGCUGCGCGGGAGGUUCCGGGCGGAGCGGGAGCUUCCGGGAGCGGCGGGGCUGAGGAGGAGGAGGAGGAAGAGGAGGAUGAAGAAGGAGCAGGUGGCGCACUGCCAGUUCUCCCUGUGGUACCCGCUCUUCAAGGCCGUCACCAUCCGCAGUGUUAUACUUCCCCUGCCAGAGAAUGUGAAAGAAUAUUUGCUGGAUGAUGGAACACUGGUGGUUUCUGGAAGAGAAGAUCUGCCAAGUCACGCUCAGGAAGGGAGUGAUGAUGCAGAGGAGAUACAGUGGUCGGAUGAUGAGAACACUACAACACUUAAGGCACCAGAAUUUCCUGAGUUCACAGCUAAAGUUCAGGAAGCAAUAAGUUCCUUGGGUGGCAGUGUUUUUCCUAAACUCAAUUGGAGUGCUCCAAGGGAUGCCUACUGGAUAGCAAUGAACAGCUCUCUGAAAUGUAAAGCUCUCAGUGACAUCUUCCUCCUCUUCAAGAGUUCAGACUUCAUCACUCGUGACCUCACUCAGCCAUUUAUUCACUGUACAGAUGAUUCCCCUGAUCCUUCCUUGAAUUAUGAGCUUGUUCUUCGCAAAUGGUGCGAACUAAUCCCUGGUGCAGAAUUCAGAUGUUUUGUCAAGGAAAACAAGCUUUUAGGUAUAUCACAGAGGGACUACACCCAGUACUAUGAUCAUAUCUCUAAGCAACACGAGGAGAUCUGUAGGUCCAUACAGGAGUUUUUCAAGAAACACAUACAAUAUAAAUUCUUGGAUGAAGACUUUGUUUUUGAUGUGUACAGAGACAGCAGGGGUAAGAUUUGGUUAAUAGAUUUUAACCCAUUUGGUGAAGUAACAGACUCCCUGCUCUUUACAUGGGAAGAACUCACCUCUGGAAAAAACUUGAAAGGAGACCAGAGUGAAGGGGAAGCAACAGAACAGGAUUAUCCAGUGUUCCGUUGUACUAACAGCAAAGUCACCGUCCAGCCCAGUCCCUACCUGAGCUACCGACUGCCCAAGGACUUUGUGGACCUUUCCACAGGAGAGGAUGUUCACAAAUUGAUUGACUUUCUUAAACUGAAAAGAAAUCAGCAAGAGGAUGACUGAGGUACCCAGAAGCAUUACAUUGAAUUACAAGCAAGAAAUGUGGCAAAAUCUCUAUUUAGCAUAACUAUUAAACUAUUGAUUUAAAGAAAACCUGCUUUUUAUAGUCAAUGAAAGACCUGAGGAGCUGUUCAUCCCCAGUGUCUGUUGGUUUAUACAAAAGUGUAGGGAAGAUUUUUCAGGGAAACAUGAAAGGUCAGGAUGAGUUCUCACUGGAUUCCAGGUGCAAGGAAGCAACAGCCUGAGUGCAGCUGAACAACUGCUUUCCAUUUCUCAUAAUGUGAAGAUUGAUGCUGCUGAGCUACACCUUCAGACUCCCCUGUGUAAAUAUGGCAACAUGUAAUGCUUGUGCAGUAAAAACAUGGAGCAUUCUCUGAAUUUAGACACAGUCUUGCUUAAUAUGUAGUCACAAAGAAAAAGGAAUGUACAUUUUUAUCUGUAGCAACCUAAAAUUGUAAAUUGAUUUUGUUUUGGGAGCACUUCUCAUCCUUUAUGUAAAAAAAUUAAAAAUGGAGAAGAGAUUUUUUUCUUUGUUACAAGGGCUAAUAUUUCAUUUCAGAGAACAGCUAUAGUUGUAGUAAACUACUUAAAGUUUGAAAAAUUUGCAUAUUGGGAAUUUGGAAUUCUGAAUGCAUUUAAAGUAAAGUAGUAUUUUCACAGUCACUAAAGCAACAAAAUUCAUCUAACUUGACCAAAUUUAAUUUCAUUUUCAUAGUAAAGCUUUCUUGAAACUUGUUUUUUUAACAUGAUUUCAUACUAGACAUCAUCUGUGACUUUAAUCUACAUAAUUAACAUCAACCUAUAAUUUUAUAUGCAGACUCAGUCUUAUUUCUUUUGUGUCACAUCUCUGAGUUUCUUAUGAAAGCAAUUAUUCUUUCAGCUCUUAAAAUUCUGUAUUCAUUUUUUACUUCUUGUUUUUUGUAUAAAGAGAAGCUUGGCUAAAUCUGGGGAAACAGAAGCUCUUGUUACCAGUUGCUGUUGUUUGGGAGGUGGGGGAGGACAGUUUUAGGUGAAUCACCAGCUGACUUUUGGAUAUAGGUGUUUGUAUGGCAUCAGUAAUUUAUUAACAGUGUGCAGAGUUCCCAUUGAAACAAAAGGACAUUGAAGAAGCUCAUAACCCCUGGAAACUGGUUCCUAUUUCAAACCAGUUAUGUGAUACCGUGUGUGUGUAUAUAAACCUGUUUGUGUUUCUUUGCCUUGCUUUUGCUGUCGGAUUGGAAUGGUGCUUGGUUACAAUCUGUUCUUGGAUGUUAAAUCUGAGCUAAAUUGUUAAAUUAUUACCUAAUGUCUUUAUUUAGCUUCACUGUUGAAUGAAAACUUACUCAAGUUAAAGAUUAUGCAGAUUAAGAAUCCACACAUUGAUGAAACAUCACAGAUGAAAGCUCCUGGAGUCAGAACAGUCUGCCCUGAAUUGAAGCAUUGUUUGAAGCAUUUGAACCUGCUUCUCAAUAGCUUUUUGUAUUCAGAUUAGAGGAUCAUUAACUCAGGGCUGGGCUAUACCUAAUUCUGCCAUACUGCAGGAUUUUGGAUGAGUGUUUCUCACCCUCUCCAGAGGGAUAAUUUGAGUAUAAAUGUCUCUAAAUCGGGUAGGAAACUCAAAGUGUAAAAAAUUAACAAAGCUUUCCUCUUUGUUUUAAAGUUUCUAGCUAUAGCUUAAACUGUUGUGAUGAUUUAACCACACUUGCUUUACACAGAUGAUGCCUGGAACUUCCAAUAGAUCCAUAAAUGCUUCUAAACUACAGAUUAUUGUCUUUAAAAACAAAGUCUUAGUUUAAAGCUGGAAGAUAGUUUCCCACCUCUUCCACAUGGACUCCACAAAUUAAUUGUCCUGCUUGUCCUGCUUCCUUUGGGCUAACUCCUAGUGAAGAACCAUAAAAGGUAGCAGAGCAAAAAUACUGGUCCCAUGUUCAGAACUGGUACAGAAUCAAUCCCCAGUAUAAAAAUAUGAUCUACAGGAUCAGGCCCCCGAAAAUACCAUAUCCUUACACUUUAAAUACAUACUUUAUAGGUACUUUGCUUUUUUUGCCCAACUUCAGGUAACCAGACAGUCAGUUUUAUUUGGCUGUUAAAUUAGAUUCCUCUUCUAAAAGAAUUUUCACUCUAUAUGUCCUUUUGAUCUCCUAGGAUAAUUAACAAACAUAUUCCUUUUGGUGAGCUGAGAGAGCUAAUGUUGGUAGAUUACAAAUACUUCAGAUCAAUUUUACACUGAGUAAUACAUGACACUUUUCUUUCUAUCAUAAAAGCAGUUUCUGCCUCUAGCCAUUAUGUACAGAAACUUGAAAAUACAAAUUUCCAGUUGUUCAGGUCCUUGUUCAUGGGAUUUAAUUAUAUCAUCACCAUUUGCUAAGUAAGGGCCAACUGUAUACUAUAUAUUCCUAAUUAUAUGCUUAAAACACAGUGUAAAGAUGCUUGCAGUCUUGUCUAGAUGACAAACAGAAGUUUUAGAGGGAGGUAACGUGGCAGUCAUUUUAUACAGAUCCUGUGCCUGCCAAACCCUGCAGAAGUCUGGCUACAUCUGAUAGCUCCAGCAGCGAGACUCAGUUCUUGGGCUGCAGCUCUGCCAGGAGUGCCAAGGAAAAGUCCUCAUUGUUCCACAGCCCAUUACUUGUGAUGUUUAAUCUCCCAGAUGGAUAGUGGGGAUCAGGAUUCCUGUAACCCCAUAAGCAGCAGUUGUGGCCCUGUGCUGGCUUAGUUGAGGAUUUGGAGUAAUGCUCCUGGGCUUCAGACUGUCCAUGCUGUUUGUUCUCUUUUGACUCCUCUUUCUCCAGUGUUGUCCAUGUCUUUCCUCAUCCCUCAGCCUCUUAUUUGGAUAAAUACUAAGAUCAGAAUUGGUAGCAGCAGCAGCAUGGAUGAUACUGAUCUGAAUUUUAAAACCUCUGUCCACUUUUCCCUUCCUCUUACAAAGGCAUGUUUUUAAGUGGUGCUCUAUAAUACCUAAAAAAAACCACCUUAACUCUAAAAGUAGGGGAGAAAUGUCCAGGUCCGAGUCUCAGUAAAAUCAGUAGCACUUGUUGGAUGCUGAUCACAGAUUAUAAAAAUCCACAUAAAUGCAUCUGACACCCUUGGCUAGAAAUCUCAUCUGUCUCAUUGUUACAUACUCACCUGCUGCUCAUGUCCAGGAUGCAGAGAAAAGGUGCCCUGUGAGAUGCAGUUCAGGGGCUCAUUUGAACAACAGAGACCCUUAGACACUUCUGGUUUCAGGCUUUCAGGUGAGCGUUGCCAGCUGAAAGGACCCCAAAACAUCAGUGGCACACACCUUUGUAAAAAUCCUUCUGUACCUUUGUGCAUGCAUGACUGAGUUCAGCUUUCACAAACUCCCAAAUUUGAAGUGCCAAAUAGCCAGAGAGGAGCACAGGGUAUUUGUCAGUGAGCAUAAAUAGGCAAAUCAGCUUGGCAACUGGUAAUUGAUUUCAACCUUAGAGGCCAGAAGUAUCAAUUCUGGUUGUAUUUGGACACAUGCUGCAUUUUGAACAUUAGUUCAAGAAAUAAUACUGAACUAAAAUACAUAUUUUUGGUCAAGAGACGGUGGAUCUGAAGUGUAACAGAAACAGACCAUGGUGCUUUUGAUUCAUGAAGGACACUUGGUAACACUGGUACUUAAAGGCUUAAUAAAUCUACCUUAGCAAAA